AUGUCCGAGAACAUCGACACCGCCUUUCCCGGUAUCGGUUUGUCGGGCGCCGAGACCGUAAAGUAUCGGUGGCGAAAAUCCGGUAACAGGUUCACCCCCGUCAAUGACCGCAUCGAUGAACUCGAUGAUAUGAGCGACUUCCGUUACGAUCCACGUGCGGAGAAGGCACAGUGCGCCUCACCUCGCACAGAAGCAAGGGACUCGGACUCUGCGAGUUCGUCGAGAGAAGAUAGUCCCAAGAAGCUGGGGAAAAUGGCCUCGCCGGUGAAAAAGGUCUCGCCAUGGAAAAAGGGCUCGCCUGGUAAAAAGGGCUCGCCUGGUAAACUAACACCGCGUCGCCGAAAACAGAUGUACGCCCGUCGCCGAGCGCGCUCAGGUCGUCAUGCCGAAGAACAGUCGGGAGCCUCGCAAAAGUCGGAGGGGACCAACAACCCCAAGAGGGUGAUCUCAGAAUCUCUCAGGUCGCGAGCCAACCUCCUCGACCCCAUGCUCCUCGCACUUUGUGACGUUGACGAGCUUUGGUACCAGUUUUCCCGAAGUCUCGCCCCCAAACGCAUGUGGGAGCAUGCCUCCUACAGGGCCUGCCAGAACAGCCUCUCCGAACUGGGAACUUGGUAUCAGCAACGCGGAGCUGCAGCAACCUGGAAGGCGGUGGACUCAAAGCCUCCUCAACCGCCGUCACCUCCGUUACUCGCAGUAGCAGCAUCCCUUAGCGCCGGAUUCGACUGGCUCCGUGCUGUCGAGAAAGUUGAUUUGACCUGGUACUAUCUUGGCCAGCCUCCACCCCCUUUCUGGGAUGGGUUCAACCCCGCAAAAUCCAAACAUGUCAAUAUGGAUCUCUCUGCGUCGAAGCAAGUUCAAUGGGGCCGGCGGCGGCGGCAAGAACCCCCACCCACAUGGUUUACGGACGAAGUAGAGAGUCUCAAGUCUGUAUCGCAGGAACUGGAUGGCUAUGAUCUGCAGUCGAACAUCUCCGAAGAUGUUGGCAUGGACGAGCCAGUACUAGGCGACGUCGGUGAACUCAUGUCUCCUAACCGUUCAAUUGCCGCCUCUGGACAUCAUGAACUGCCAGGCACAAUCUCGACUCUCAACCCAGGAACUACGGUCCCUGAUCAGGAUGCAGACUUUCUUCUCAGAAUUCAAGCCGAGGAAGCUAUUGAAGAUUUUCUGGAAGGGAAACUCCAUCAAGAAGCAGAGCCUCGGAAGGUCAACAUGGAUGCAGCCCCACCAGAGAAGCAUCGCGGCGUCAGCGAGCCCCGUCUUGAUCCGACCCCUCCACCGGCUGAGGCGGUCUUGGCCAACCCGGAAGCCAAGGAUAAAUCCACGUCUGGACAGGCCGAGAAGGCCGAGAAGUCGAGGCUGCUGCGGAAGAUGAAGGCAGCGCCUGAGAUGAACGAUACAGACCUCGUCCCUUACGAGGCUGUUAAGGACCUUGAGCGGCUCUGGGAUUUGCAGACCCAGGAGCGAACGAUCACCAAAGCUAGCAUUGACCUGAUUGAGGCCGUUGAGGGGAAAUUACGAGCGGCCAGUGGCGCCCACAUCGAUCGCUGGUCUGCUUUCCUCACCUCGACUCGGCGCGAGGCUUCAGAGAGACUGGGACAACUCAAUUCGCAAGCUGCCCAGCUUGCAGACGAGCUGCAGGCGGCAGCGAGGCAGAAGGUUGGCAAUGCCCGAGCAGCCUACCUCGAGACCCCAUGUGGCGAAAUCGAGCAGUCGCAGACGGGCGGCGUGGUUGAUGCCAUGGAAGAGAUCAAGCGGGCACAAAAGGAACAUGAGGAGGCCUCCAACAAGAGGAUGCGUGAGAUGGAGGAGGAGCUUGAGGAACUUCGACGAAACGCCAAGAGGCCUCGGUUGUUGGGCUGGCUGCUUGGAUGA